AUGGGAUUAGAGGAGCUUCAGAGGAUUUCGAUUCUAGUUUCUGAUACUGUGCGAGUCGGAUCCAUUAGUUCAUUUCGAUCCCCCCGCAUCACGGAGCACCCGACGGACAUCACUGUGCCACGCAACGAGCCUGCAACACUCAAUUGCAAGGCGGAAGGCAAGCCACCGCCGGUCGUCAGGUGGUACAAGGACGGGCAGCUGGUUAGGACGUCCCCCGGCGACCCCAAGUCCCAGCGCGUCCUCCUGCCCACGGGGUCGUUGUUCUUCCUGCGGGUCGUCCACGGCAAGAAGGAGGACGACGCCGGGGUGUACUGGUGCCAGGCCAGCAACGAGGUCGGGACCGUCACUUCCAACAAUGCCACGCUCGAGAUAGCAGGUGAGUGUCUUGAGGCGAGGACAGAUAAGGCAGCUGAUAAGGAGUGGCGUAAGUAUGUAUGAGAUAAGGUGCUCAUUUAGAAAAAGGAUAGACGGACACGUGACCAGAUAGCUGGCUUGAAUAAGUAUAUUUAUUAUUUAUUAGAACCAAUGUGUAAUUGUAUAAAUUGAUAGAUGAAGACAAGAUAGCGAAUUCUCCCAAAAACAUACGAAUGGAUAUGAAACGAGACGCGUGUAAAAGAUUCCGAAGUGAAAUGUAGGCAAAAGAAGUAAGAAGAAGAAGAAGAAGAAAAAAAA